AUGUCUAACAUUGGUUUCACACAUUCUAUGUAUCACACCAUUGAGACGGAGCCACCUGCCCUUGAUGCGGAGGGCUUCGCAAUCUGUGGUAGCUGUGUAUCCUCAUCAAAUCCUCAUAUGCAAACAAGGUGUGCGAGACACACUGGACAUGUUCCUGAUUACGUUAACAUCGCUAAAUGGAUGGACGACAAGUCCAGCAUUGAUACAGCGAAACCAGAGGACUGUAAUCAUCAACUCAUCCUGCGGAACCUCACUAAGAAACAAUAUGUACGCGACGAUCCUACCUCCACUACCCUCGGUACAGUUCUACUUGCUCGAAUUUGCUGGUCUUCAGACCCUUCCCGUUCGAUGGCCUACGAGGGACAUGACCUUACUCGUGGAGUUUGGGCUGGUGAUCGUUUUGACAUCACAACCUUGGAUCGGUUAGAAGAGGACGAGAGUACCUCAGGAUUAUGGACGACGUUAGCAAGGAAGUUCACGACGAGAUGGCACGUAUCUUGGAAAGCGAGUUUGGCCCAGAAUGGAGGAGCGAGUAUCGUUGCUAUUAGCGUCGUGAAAUAA